GGUAAGCGCAGCUGAGGGAGUAGACGUCAAACAGGAGGGAUAUGAUUGUAUUCAAGGUUGAAGGGAAACUCUGCAAAUAUUUCACGUAUGAAGGCUUGGUCAAAAGAUUUUACUGCACGACAUAUGAGUACUGCUGCGACACGCAGUGCUGUACAAGCGGCGUCUCCUUCUACUCGCUCUGGUACUUCUGGUUCUGCAUGCUACUGAUGAUUCUCAUCUGCACGGGCGGCGGCUACUGGUACAAGCGACGCUACUACACGCAACACUAUCCGUCGUCGUUGGCCACCAUUAGCAUGUUCUCCGGUGGAUCCAUCCCGAUCAGGCAGACGACAACAAUAUACUCCACGUCAGGUCCUACGAACCACACGAUGAUACACAACGGCCCCCGACAUGCCAGCCAGCAGGGAUGCACACUGUCACAACUGGCACAGCCUGCGUCACACCACACUAUCUAUCCCCCACCGAUGACAAGCCAACCACCCAUCUACAUUCCUCAAGCCCCGCCAUAUUCCUAUCCUGGGCAGGCCCCACCUAGCUAUGAAUCGUUGUAUAAAAACCAGGGAUUGCCAGCUGCUUGUCCAUAGGUCAAGAAAAGCCUGGCAGGUAAAAAUGGGUGCAGGCCAGAAUUAUUACGUAAAGUAGAUUAAAUAUUGUAAAGACUAAAAUUCCCUAUUCUUACCCUUCUAUCUUUCCUCCAUUGUACAAAGCCCUUACCACACGUAUUUGUUUUUCACCAGUGAUCUUUCAAUAAGAAUAUCUGCCACCAACCUGCCACAGUGCAUCGUCAGAUCUCAGAACUGCCAAAAAUUCAUAUCAAUUUGUGAAUGCAAAUUCAGGCAUAUUGUGUAUAUUGUAACAGUAACUUUAUCAAGCAAAUGAGAAUGUAUAUAUUUAUUAUAUGGUAAUAUCUUUGAAUGACACCAAUUCCCAAAUUACAAUUAUAAUUAAUACGGUCCUAUAAUAUGACCCGUAGUUGUUUACUUGUAGUUAUUUAUGCUUCAUAGUUGUCUUUUAUCUCACUUUCUUGAAUACCUGUAUUUAUGUAUUGUAACACAAAAGCAUAUUGUCUCGACAUUUUUGUGAUAUAGCUAUAGCAAAUACUCUGUGGUUAUACAGCUUGAUAAGCCUUCAUAAAAAUGCUAUGGUAAAUGCUAAACCAUGGUAAUAGCUAUACAUAACAUCAGCAGUACUGUCACAACUUUGCUGCUAUUGUGUAACCACCAUGGAUGCUGGCAUUCUAAUUUAGCUUUAAUAUUGAACGCCAGACCUGGAACCCCAGAACAUGUAUCCACAUGGUAUUUUUAGCAGGUAAUCAUUCCCUUGUUGAAGAGCUACAUGAUCAUAUUGUAGUUGAGGCCUAUCUGUUGAUGUUCACAUAAUCCAUAUUGAUGGUCCAUAUUGAUGUGCCACCAUGAUGGCUCAGCAAGAGCUUGUCGAAACUAUAGUUAGGAUUUGGAAUUUGUCCUUACAUUCCAAACAUUGCCAUCUUCAAAUAUGCACAACAGUAGCACGGCAUGAGCACUGGUUGAGGCUCACUCAUCAUUGUAGUUGUUAGAAAGACAUCUGCCAUCGAGCAAUUAAAUCUCGUUCGUGACCCGAUUCACAAAAUGCGCGAAAAACGGCUCACGGUAUAUUCGAAAUGUGCAAUGUUUCAAAGUCAGUAUUUUCUCGAGAUUUAGUAUUAUUAAAGUGGCUUGUGUAAUGUACACCCAACGAUUGCAGUUACCUGCAGCAUAGAGCAUGCCAAACCUAGUAAAUUAAUUAACAGAAUGGUAUUUAAUCGACUAAAAUUUUAGUCAAUAGCAAUAGCUGUUUGUUAAUGUUGAAAAAAUAACUACUCAUAUAGUGCAGUUUUAUAAAUUGUUGAAACUCUCCGCCAUGUCCACGAUUGACGUGUUGUGUACUUUGGUACAAUAGUUAAGUAUUCAUGUGUUGCAUUUUCAAUUCACCUAAUAACAUGUACUCAAGACUUAUCAAUGACAGAAUAUCAAAUCGUUAUAUUAUAUAUCAUAUCGUAGGUUAGAAUUGAGAGCAGAGAACAUAGAUCAACCCAAUUGAAAAAAAGAUUAAAUGCGAUUUGACUGGAUUUAUUCAUAAAAUAAAGUUAUCCAUGAAGAAUUGCAACCAGAAUCUCUAUUGUAGUAUAUUGUAUGUAUUCGAGAAGUUCGGAAAGUGCAAUAUUCUCAUUACUGUCAUAUGAAAAGAUUAUAUUGUUCCUCAAUAUUUGAUAUAUGCUUUGGUUGGUUGGUACGAGCAUGUAAAAUAAUGUCCUCAGAUGAGAAACAAUCCUGUAUGUAAAUGAAUUCAUUGUUAUUUAUGGUUAAAAUAUAAACGUUUAAUAACUUCA